AUGGCCUCGUUUCGAGGAUCACUGCUGCUGCUAGCAGGUUGCUUGCUCCUGGCGCUUCAAUGCUGUUGUGCAAGUCGCAAUUACUAUGAUAUUCUCCAGGUGCCGCGAUCGGCCAGCGAGGAUCAGAUCAAGCGCGCGUACCGCAAGCUAGCGCUCAAGUUCCACCCGGACAAGAACCCCGGAGAUGAGGAAGCAAAGAAGCGGUUCCAGGAGAUUGGCAACGCGUACGAGGUUCUCUCAGACGGUGAGAAGCGGCGGAUCUACGACCAGCACGGCGAGGAGGGCGUGAAGCAGCACAGCGCUCAGCAAGCAGCUGGGGGUGGCCAGGACAUCUUCUCACAAUUCUUUGGCGGGUUUGGAGGGUUCGGGCAGCAGCAGGAGGAGGAAGAGCAGACCCCAAAGGGCGACACAGUCACAGUGGACCUCGAGGCGUCGCUAGAGGACCUGUACAACGGCAGGUCGUUUCAGGUGUGGCGAGACAAGAACGUGGUGCGAUCGGCGCCCGGCAAGCGCAAGUGCAACUGCAAGGCGCGCAUGGUGACGAGGCAAAUCGCCCCGGGCAUGUUCCAGCAGUUCACGCAGCAGGAAUGUCAGGAGUGCCCGAACGUGAAGUACGAGCGCGAGGGCAUGCCCAUCGACGUGGACAUUGAGAAGGGCAUGAAGGACGGGCAGGAGAUCACCUUCUACGAGGAGGGAGAGCCCGUCAUGGAUGGCGAUCCUGGUGACCUCAAGUUGGUGAUCAAGACGCGGCCGCACAAGCAGUUUGAACGGAGAGGGGACGACCUCCACAUGAACCUCACCAUCUCCCUCGUGGAUGCUCUCGUGGGCUUUAAGCACUCCAUCACUCACCUCGACAAUCACCUCGUGGAAAUCGGCACCUCUGGUGUCACGCGGCCAGGGGAGGUGCGGAAAAUAAAGGGCGAGGGCAUGCCGAUUUACGACACCACCAAAAAGGGAGACUUAUACGUGCAGUUCACUGUAGACUUCCCUAAGUCGCUUACAGAGGACCAGAAGGAAGUGGUUCGGAAGACUUUUGGGGCGUCGGGCAGCACGGGCAGCGGCAAACUACAUGAGGAAUUCUUGACCGCUCUCCUCCGCCGCCCUCCGCCCUCCUCCGCCCUCCUCCGCUGUCCUCCGCCGUCCCCCGCUCUCCUCUGCCGUCCUCCGCCCUCCUCCGCCCUCAUCUGCUCUCCUCCGCCGUCCUCCGCCGUCCUCCGCUCUUCUCCGCUCUCUCCGCCCUCCUCCGCGCUCCCCCGCUCUCCUCCGCUCUCAUCCGCUCUUCUCCGCUCUCCUCCGCUCUCCUCCACUCUCCUCCGCUCUCCUCCGCCCUCCUCCGCGCUCCCCCGCUCUUCUCCGCUAUUCUCCUCUGCUGCUGUUGCCUCAGUUGUCAUUUCCUUUCCUGGUUUUGCCUCUUCUGCUUCUGCGUUCCGUGUGUUGUCGAAUCUGUUUCUAGGAACUCAGGUGUUUGCCCGAGCAGACGUGAAGGGUGCUUUUGACUCGGAUGUGAAUCUUCCCUCUUUCCCCUCUUCUUCACUUCCUCUUCUUCCCCAUUCAUUCCGGCUGGCAGCAAGUGCGUCUGGACUACGUGUUGGCGGAUGGGGUGUUCGCCCGAGCAGAUAUCAACAUCACCGACGUGAAGUGUUAUCAUCAGGUGACUGUACCGAGGUCACGAGAAAGGAAGGGGGGAAGGGGGGUUAUGGAGGAAUCGGAAGGGAUGUUGAGGUAGUGUUGCUGGCCAGAGAAGGGAAGGGGGGGUAUGGAGGAAUGGGAAGGGAUGUUGAGGUGGUGUUGCUGGCCAGAGAAGGGAAGGGGGGUUAUGGAGGAAUGGGAAGGGAUGUUGAGGUGGUGUUGCUGGCCAGAGAAGGGAAGGGGGGGUAUGGAGGAAUGGGAAGGGAUGUUGAGGUGGUGUUGCUGGCCAGAGAAGGGAAGGGGGGGUAUGGAGGAAUGGGAAGGGAUGUUGAGGUGGUGUUGCUGGCCAGAGAAGGGAAGGGGGGGUAUGGAGGAAUGGGAAGGGAUGUUGAGGUGGUGUUGCUGGCCAGAGAAGGGAAGGGGGGGUAUGGAGGAAUGGGAAGGGAGGUUGAGGUGGUGUUGCUGGCCAGAGAAGGGGGGGAAGUCAGAAUUUGCGCAUUCCAACCUUGGCACCUUUAG